AUGGUUGCCGGAGAGCAUGCCCUGGACGUGGAUGGAGUCAUCGCAGUAGCGGCAGAAGAGCGCAUGGCCUCCAAACAGAAGACGAUGGCGAUCCCUUCCCACGGCCGACUGGACUUCGCCGAUGUGUUCAAGCCCACCGGUGUCCCAGCGGCGGCGACCGCGGUGCACGUGCCCACUCCGCCGUCGGAGUGGCCGGCGUCCCGCCCUGAGUCCUGCACCAUGUACGUCCCCGCUCCCGAUCCGGAGAUGUCGUACUUCACGCGGCGCCACGCGUACGCCUACAUCAGCCCAGACACGGCGCCGGGCCACGCGAACCCAGAGGCCUUCUUCCGCGCCGUCUUCCGCACCCUGGCUCCGGACCUGUCGCAGGACCUGGAGCUCCAAACGCCCAGCUACUUCAGCGACGUGGUGGUGUGCUUCCGCACGCCGGAGGACCGGGAGGCGGCCAUGCGCAGGCAGCCGUUCGAGGUGGCCGGCGUGACGGUGAAGCUGGUGCGCGAGGGGGAGAUGCCCAACGUCACCUUCACCCCGAUGGAGUGCCUCGCCCACGUCGCUCUGCACCGCUACCCCGUGGAGGAGCGGACGGAGGAGGAGAUCCGCGGCAACUGCUGCCACUUCGGGGGCGUGCUGGAGGUCGACCGUGCUUGCUUCACGGCGCCCGACCUUUCCACCGUCUUCGUCGUACUUAACAUGGAGCACCCUCGAGAGAUCCCCCGCGAGCUCCGGAUCAGGUACAGCGACGGCUCACGCUGCGUCGUCCCCAUUGAGAUCCUCAGGGUUUGGGAUCGGUCUGAGUCCCUCGACGCCAAUGGAGAGCACGUGCCUCUCUUCCAGCCACUGCCUGCGGCGGCUUGA